GGUGACUUUGGCCUGGCCACCAAAGUGGAGUACGACGGCGAGCGCAAGAAGACCCUGUGCGGGACCCCCAACUACAUUGCCCCGGAGGUGCUGGGCAAGAAGGGGCACAGCUUCGAGGUGGAUAUCUGGUCCAUCGGCUGCAUCAUGUACACCCUGCUGGUGGGGAAACCGCCUUUUGAAACCUCUUGUCUAAAAGAAACGUACCUCCGAAUCAAGAAGAACGAGUACACCAUUCCCAAGCACAUCAACCCUGUAGCCGCUAACCUCAUCCAGAAGAUGCUGAGGUCCGACCCUGCCACGCGCCCAACUGUCGACGAGUUGCUGAAUGACGAGUUCUUCACAUCGGGCUACAUCCCCAGCCGCUUGCCCACCAGCUGUCUCACCGUUGCGCCCAGGUUUUCGAUUGCUCCCAGUGGACUUGAACUGAACGGGCGAAAGCCGCUGACGGCGCUCAACAAAGGACCAGACAGCCCCGCGCUGGAGAACUUGCCUGAGAAGGAAGACGUGGCUGGGCUGCGGGAGCUGGGGGAUGCUGUGGACUGUCACUUAGCUGACAUGUUACAGCAGCUCACUGCUGUCAACUCGGCCAAGCCCUCCGAGAGAGUGCCAGUGAGACAAGAAGAAGCCGAGGACCCAGCCUGCAUUCCCAUCUUCUGGGUUAGCAAAUGGGUGGACUACUCAGAUAAAUAUGGUCUAGGUUACCAGCUGUGUGACAACAGUGUUGGGGUGCUCUUCAAUGACUCAACUCGUCUUAUCAUGUACAACGAUGGGGACAGCUUGCAGUACAUCGAGCAGAACAGCACCGAGUCCUAUUUCACUGUGAGAUCCUACCCUGCUGCCUUGAACAAGAAGAUAACACUAUUGAAAUACUUCCGCAACUACAUGAGCGAGCACUUGCUGAAAGCGGGUGCCAACAUCACGCCGCGGGAAGGGGACGAGCUGGCCCGGUUGCCCUACCUCUGCACGUGGUUCCGCACCCGCAGCGCCAUCAUCCUGCACCUCAGCAACGGCACCGUGCAGAUCAACUUCUUCCAGGACCACACCAAAAUCAUCUUGUGCCCUCUCAUGGCUGCCGUCACGUACAUAGAUGAGAAACGGGACUUCCGCACGUACAAGCUGAGCCUCAUCGAGGAACACGGGUGCUGCAAGGAGCUGGCCAGCCGACUCCGCUACGCUCGCACCAUGGUGGAGAAGCUCCUUAGCUCAAAGUCUGGCUCGGCUCGUGUGAAGCCAUCUGCUUAAGCCUCAUUCUCGAUGGACUCAACGUCUGUGCCAAAGUGUCCCAGCUGCGGGCAGGGAGGUCUCGCAGCAUCCCUGCUCACACAGCAACCUCCUGUUGCAGUCGGGCUUCCGCUCCUGGGUAUGGUCUAGUUGCCGCAAGGAAGCCCCUGAUGCUGUGG